GCCCCCUCAUCCCCGCCCCACCGGCCCACCGACCUCCUCCCCCCUCCGGGUUUGCCACCCAGCCGACGCACCGCAUCAGCGAGGAGCGAGACGUUCGCAGCAGGACGCCGCAGUCAGGCGACAACUACUUGCGGUGGUCCGCAAAGCAAAGGUCAAAUUGAUGAAUUAGUGGGCAUUUCCUCACCCUGUGACCUCGCCCGGACAUGGACUUCCCCGACCAGCUCCUGCUGGCCGAGCUGAGUCACCUGCAGCUCUACAACGACUCGCUUUUCCAGCACAAUUUCAGCAGCGCCUACAACGAGACCGACGCCCUGCUGCCGACCGGAGUGAGGGUCACCAUUGUGGUGGUCUACAUGAUCGUUUGUGUCAUCGGCCUGGUGGGGAACUUCCUGGUCAUGUAUGUCAUCAUACGAUACACUAAGAUGAAGACGGCCACCAACAUCUACAUCUUCAACCUGGCUCUGGCUGACUCUUUAUUCCUCGCCACUUUACCGUUCCAGGGCACUGACGUGUUCCUGGGCUUCUGGCCAUUUGGAAACGCCCUGUGCAAGGCAGUAGUGUCCAUCGACUACUACAACAUGUUCACCAGCACCUUCACGCUGACAGUGAUGAGCAUGGACAGGUAUGUGGCUGUCUGCCACCCCGUCAAAGCUCUGGACAUGAGGACGCCUCACAAGGCCAAGGUGGUGAAUAUCUGUGUGUGGGUGUUGGCCUCAGCCUUUGGAGUUCCGGCCAUGGUGUUGGGGAACGUCGAAGAGGAGCAAGAGCAUAACAGCGUUGAAUGCAUCGUCGUCCUACCUGAGCCACGUAGUCACUGGGAUCCAGUUUUCGGCACUUGUGUCUUCCUCUUCUCCUUCCUUAUCCCCGUGGCAAUCAUCAGUGUCUGCUACAGCCUGAUGGUCAAGCGCCUACGCAGCGUUCGCAUCCUGUCAGGCUCAAAGGAGAAGGACCGCAACCUGCGGCGCAUCACCAGGAUGGUUCUGGUGGUGGUGGCGGUGUUUGUGGUGUGCUGGACCCCCAUCCAGAUCAUGGUCUUGGCCCAGUCGCUGGGCUUCAACCUGAGCAGCUUGUCCACGUUGGUCCUGAUGCAUUUCUGCAUUGCUCUGGGCUACGUUAACAGUAGUCUCAACCCCGUGCUCUACGCCUUCCUUGAUGAGAACUUCAAGCGCUGUUUCCGGGAGUUCUGCCAACCUUCGCCAUUCCGUCUUGACACCCAGCAGUCGGGCCGGAUGAGGAGCAUCGCCCGGGAGGUGGCGGCCGCCUACAGCUGUAAGGCCGAUGGGGGUGGGCCCGGCGGAGGGACUCCCAAUCCUGCGUGACUAGGCGUGGAGCUGCCUUUGGUGGGGGUAGACCACCCACAGAGGGGAGAGACACCAGGGACAGGGAACUCCAACACAGAACUGACUCAGAUUACAGCUCUCUAGCGGCACGAGCCCCCCCGCCCCCCAACUAUACGAUUGGCCUGGGGUGGAGGGGAGUCUGAUGAGGAUGAUGGUCCAGAAGGGAAAAGAAUCUGAGAACACAUCAAGUUGGACAGAUUGUCUGACUGGGAAAAAGGGUUAGGGUUGAUUAAAAACAAGAAUCAAAUCAACUGUAUUGCAGACAAUUGGAUGGUAUAUGGUGCUACAUUUGAGAGUGGUUACAUCCUGGUUCUUGGAAUGCUGGGGAUAAACCCCAUUGAGGGUUUAUUUUUAAAACCAAUUCCCUUGCUCACAAGACUCACUGAUUGCAAAUCAGUUAGAGAGACAAAGACUGGACCUGUAUGGAGAUGAUGUUCAAACCACUAAUUUGGUGCUUUUAAGGAGAUUCUAUAUCAACAGUGGUGGUGAAAGGACCACACACAGAAUCAUUUUGGGCUUGUGAAAGGAAGGAUAAACAGCCCGAUAGGGUACAUAGAUCCCCUUUCUUAAAUCACUAAUGGGUCCACCAGAGUCAUGUGACCAAGCGUUGAAUGGAGAUUUUAAGUUGGUCGUAACGUGUACUAUGUGUAUAUAUACGACACAAGAUUUGUUGUCUCAAAACCUGUAAAGGGUCUUAUGAAUGUGACUGAAUAUGUUCUUAGAAUCACUUAAGAAUUUGUUAAAUUGAAGCAAUUAUUAUGCUGCAUUCCAGAAAACUGGGAAUUCCAAGGUUUCAGACCUCCCAGUGCAAAGUGCAAUGAAUUGCCAAUCAAAAGCCAAAGUAGGGGAUUUUUUUUAAAUGCAGUGCUUUGCCAUAACACAUGCUGCAAAUGUAAAAAGCUAUAUAAACUGUCUUUAUUUGUAUCAAUUGCUUCUACUUGAUAUCGUCCUUAAUAGAAACCUGUUCUGCACGGAAUUUGGUGAUUUGGCGAAGAUAUGUUGCUAAAUUCUUUCUGCAUGCAGUCAUAUGGCAAAAUAUCCAUCCAUUUUCCGAGCCGCUUCUACUUACUAGCGUCGCAGGCGUGCUGGAGCCUAUACCAGCUAUCAUCGGGCAGGAGGCUGUGUACACCCUGUCCUGGUUGCCAGCCAAUCGCAGGGCACACAUAAACAAACAACCAUUCGCACUCACAUUCACACCUACGGGCAAUUUAGAGUUGUCAAUUAACCUACCAUGCAUGUUUUUGGGAUGUGGGAGGAAACCGGAGUACCCGGAGAAAACCCACGCAGGCACGGGGAGAACAUGCAAACUCCACACAGGCGGGGCCGGGGAUUGAACCCUGUUGGGAUCCUCGGAUCCUACUUUCAUGUUUUCUGGAAUGCAACAUCAGCCAAUACAAACACUGGGCUGCUUUGAACAAUUAAAUUGUUCCUAAUCUGUCUUUUUCUGCGUAAGAGGCAUGAAUAAUACAAGCCCAGUAUCUUUGCAGGUGCUUUAUGAAUGCUGCAUGGAGGUGCUGUGUUGCAGUACACCGGCUCAAGGGUAACUAGUGAGGCUUGGGUUGGGGGUUUCAUUUGAGUGCAACGCAGUAGAAGGGGGUCACCGAACUGUGACCCAACUCUAAGGGACGAAGGCUCAUUCUCACCCUCUUCUUAGUGUCUGAAAGGUGACAUUAACGCUGGAACAGAAACCACAUGGUGUCGUCACGAUGCUGUACAUACAGUAUUUAGAAGAAAAAAAAUUGAAAGAACAUUUUCUGUUGUGUUUUAUCAAUGUAUUGUCAAAUCCCCUGGGUCGGGAUUCACACUGCGUGCUCAAUUGGCCAAUUCUGAUUAAAUGCCCUCCAACUUUUCCGACCUGUCUAUUUACACAUAGAUUUUAAGUGACACAUAUCCAAUAUGUCUUUGUACAUUUAUGGAACACAUGAAACAACCCGCAUGCUCAGAGACCAAACUGAAUGUAAAUAGCUCCAUAUGUGCCAACACUGGGAAGCAACAACAUGGAAGUAAACAAAAAUGAAUAAUUAGGAUUAUGUAGCUAAGCUUAAAUUGGCUUGGGCUGAUUCCUUCCAACUGAUUAAAUGAUGGUAACGCCACUGCCUGCCAGUUGCGAUUAUUUUGCUUAUUUAAUGAUGGACACACCUCUAAUGUUGUAUAUUUACAUUAUACUUAAUAGUCCUUGCUUUCAUAAAAGACGUAAUUAUUUUAUUGUUCUUAUUUGUGUUGUUUGGGCAGCUGCUGGUGUGUGUACAUUGUCAGUGAUCUGAUCCGUCAGUUUAUGUUACACAUAUCCAAUCCCUAUCAGACUUGUAUCCACAUUUGUAAAAGUCCUGGUUCCGAUUUGAGCAUAUCAUAUUCCAUGCAUUUAUUUCUUGUUGUGCUGCUGUAACGCAUAUCCGAAUGCUGUCACUUAGAAGCAAAAAAAAUUUCAUUGUGUCACCUGUAGUGUAAAUCCAGCCUAACACAUAGACCAGCGCUAACUGUUUAACAUUGGGUUAAGAUGACAUAACUGGACAAAAUCUAACAAUUGAUGCAGAGUUCAAUUUCUUGUAGCAUUGUUUUUAGAAUUUGCAUUCCAAAUCAACCAAAAAACUGAACCCUUGUUAAUAGAAAAUGUAUCUUUUUUUAAGGAGCUAAAAUAGGGCACAGUUUAAUUCAAACGCUUUCCUGCACAGGCAGUAAAAAUCACUAUGAGUUUAGCUUCCACUUUAAUCUGCAUUUGUGUUGCUAGUUGUUUCUCCAGUGGUGUUUGGUGGAUGUCUUUUCAUUGGACUCAGUUUGGAGAGAAACGAACACUUGCCUUAAGUAUUGGAAUACUGAAAAUGUUGUUUUAACACUAGUUAGUUCAAAUGUUUCUGUCGGCGAAAGAAUCAGAGUGAUAGCAGUGGGGGAAAAAAAGUGUUUUUCAGGUUUAUUUCUAAUACCCACUUCCUGGAGUCAAAGUUUAAUGAUCGGCCGCAAACAGGAUUUUCUGCAUAUUCUAGAAUGAUAAAUUCAGAAAACUGCGAUUGUUUAGUUUACGGCCACUAGAGGGAGGGGUCUUUGACUGAUGGCAACACACAGGCCCGUGGAAGAAUCCCACGAGGUUGAAUUGCCAGGACACAGUGGACACAAUAGUGUGCUCAGCUUUCAGCAAAAAAUAAAAUCUAAAAAAUUGAAAAACUACUAAAAAUGAUACAUACAAACAUCAUUGAGUUAAAGUUGGUGUGUUAUUUGGCUGACUCAUCCUUCUGUAUGAAAGUACAGGUAACCCUGGCAACAAUGCGAUUCUUCGAACAGUGGAUGAAAAUGAGUACUAAAACAAACAUCAGCCAUUCACCUAUACAUUUGAAGGCGAUCAUGUAACGCAAACAUUAUCGACGUUAUAGUCUGAGAAUAAUGCUGUAGCAAGUUGACUCAAUUCAAAGUGAAAAUGCUCUUUUUGAGUUAAGGUCUCUUUUUGUAACAUUUAGUGUUCUUUUUGUUGUUGUUGUUGUUUUUGCACAAAAAGACCUAAAGAGGACAUUGAUGCCAAGAGGGUGCACAAGCUGCCUUGUCUCUGCAGAGUGAGCGCUCAUUUACAGCCUGUUAAAUCCCUGUAGAUAUUUCGUACCAGCUGUGUAAAGAUAUUAACACGGCUCUAACCAUCAUUUAUCGCUGACCUCUUGUUUCUGGGUGUUCUUGGUGUAUAGAUUGAAAAAAAAAAUAAAAAAAAAAAUAUCUGUAUGAUGCCUCGCCGAGCAGGAAAAGGCAUCUAAGUGCACCUGAUUCCUCUCAUCCGUUUACAUUUUGCAGACCACAUGAAUGUCAAGCCAAUAACUGUUGAAAAUCCAAAUGUAGAACAAAAAACGUAUAUUGUUGUUGUCGCUAUUUGAUAAUUGCUAUGACAAUGUUGUGUUGCUUCUCUGUUUUUGCUUUGAAGGAGACACUGCUGUACCUUUCUAGCUCAGCCGAUUGGAAUCGUGACACAGAAACAGUUCUCAGGGCUCGAGCUUUGAAAGCUUUCCAUGCUAUUGGGGUCACAUACAUACUACAUUUUGAACAAGUACAAAAUGACUUGGCUAUCUGUGGUCAAUGUGGUCAUGUGUUGGAGCUGUUUGUGUCACUUGACUUCAGCUAAAACUAAGUGCUCCUCCAUACUAGCUUUCUCGUUGUUAUAACACGGAGAAUGUUUUACUGAAGAUUACAUUUAACUGUAUAUUAACUGUAUUUAUUUUUUGCACAUGAAAUUAAUAAAGAGAUUGAUGUACAUUAA